AUGCCUCGUUUUGACGACGCUGACUUGGCUGUCGACCCUGCUCCCCAGGAGAAGGACUCCCAGGCCAGCUCCUCCGACCACACGAUCAGCAUCCCCGCCCACCAACGUCGCGACAGCGAAGUCGUCGAGGUGCCUGCCUCGCGAAGCUCCAUCAGCGAUGCCGCCCAGUACAUGCACAACUUGAGCUUGUCUCCCUCCAUGCGCGAGCACCGGGGCUCCCGCAACUCCUUUGGCACCUCGCUGCCCAUUCCCCGGUCCCCGCGUCCCUCCCGUCUGUCAUCGGUUGUCACGGCGGAUGGCAACCGGGGCAUCUCGGCGGCAGUGACGCGCGACAUCCUGGCCUCGCAGGUCCAGGACAUGUCCAAAGAGAAGGUCAAGGCGGCCAAGAACAUGGCCUUUGUCUUCGAUAUCGAUGGUGUCUUGGCUCACGGCAACGAGCUCAUCCCGGAGGCCGCGGAAGCUCUGAAGAUGCUGAACGGCGACAACGAGCUGGGCAUCAAGAUCCCCUACAUCCUGCUGACCAACGGUGGCGGCAAGACCGAAGAGGCUCGCACCGAGCAAUUGUCGGAGAUCCUGGGCUGCCCCAUCUCGACUGACCAGUUCAUCCAGUCCCACACCCCCAUGCGGGCCCUGGCCGAGUACUACGAGACCGUCCUGGUGCUGGGCGGUGAAGGCUUCAAGGUCCGUGAAGUAGCGGAGAACUACGGCUUCAAGAACGUCGUCCACCCCAAGGACAUCCUCGCCUGGGACCCGACCAUCUCGCCGUGGCGCAACUUCACGCCCGAGGAGCGCGCGCAGGCCCGGCCCCGCGACUUUUCCAAGGUCAAAUUCGACGCCAUCCUGGUCUUUGCCGAUUCGCGCGACUAUGCCACCGACAUGCAGCUCAUCAUCGAUCUCCUGCUGUCCGAAAACGGCCGGCUGUUGACGCGGGCCAAGGACCCCGUCUCGUCGCGGAUUCCCAUCUACUUCUCGCAGGGUGACCUGGUCUUCCCCACCGACCACAAGGGCCCGCCCCGGAUGACGCAGGGUGCGUUCCGCAUUGGAGUCGAAGCGAUGUACAAGGCCCUCACGGGUGUCGACCUGGAGCGUGUCGUGUACGGCAAGCCGGAGCUGGCGACGUACAAGUACGCGGACGAGGUGCUCAAGGCGUGGAUGGAAAUCAUUCACAACGAGCAGCGGCUGCCGGAGAACAUCUACAUGGUGGGCGACAACCCGGCGUCGGACAUCAUCGGCGGCAACAUGUACGGCUGGAACACCUGUCUGGUGCGGACGGGCGUGUUCCAGGGCAAGGAGGGCGAGAACGACCCGAACAACCCGGCCAACUUUGGCGUGUUUGACAACGUGUUGGAGGCGGUCAAGGCGGCCGUGCGGAAGGAGCUGGGCCAGGAAUUCAAGUUCAAGUGGAACGACAAGAUCAACCCGGUUCUGAAUGGGGAGAGCAUUUCUGCGGUGGAGUAG